AUGAAGUUCGUUACUUUGUUAUUAUUUUUCUUAGUGUCCACCUACGCAUCUAAGUUUCCAAGUAAACAAGAACUUGCGAAUACGGGAGACUUACCUCGAGUAACUAUGCUAAUCAGUAACAUAUCGAAAGAGGUAGAGGGAUAUUUACGUGGAGGUAACGGUAAUAUAAUGCCAGAUGAACUAUUUAAAACAUUAGUGGUAACGGACGAGUUCAAGCAGAUGAUACAGAGUUCCAAAAGGGAUAACAGAUUAGACCCGUUUGCAUUUGGCUUUAAAUCGUUCGAUAGAUUGAUAAAGAACGACAGCCUGUCGGCAUAUGUGAACGAGAAGAGAUCUAUAUCAGUUCCGGAUUGGGUAAAACCUGAUACGUUGAAGGAGUACACGUAUAUCAAGAAAUUUCGAUUGAGUACUUGGAGAACUUGGUUAGUAGAGAACUGGUAUGAAACGAAAGGCGCUUUUCUAGAUUCUGCUCUAAGUGUUGCGUAA